AUGCACAAGAGCAACCAGGAGCUGAGCGUGCCCAAGAUAGUGGGAGACUUCAAGGUAUACAGCGUGAGCGGCUCCCCAUUCGAGGUUCCGGCCAAGUAUACGCUGCUCAAGAUCCUCGGGAUGGGCGCCUACGGUAUCGCGUGCAGCUGCUUGGAUGGCGACACAGGCGAGAAGGUAUCCAUCAAGAAGUGUCGCGACGUCUUCCGCGAUGUCGAGGAUGGCAAGCGAGUGCUACGUGAGAUCGACAUGAUGCGCUUCUUCCACCACGAAAACCUGCUCAACGUGGUGAACAUUUUGCCACCGCUAAAGCGCGAAUACAACGGCUUCGAAGACGUGUACGUGGUCACCCCGCUCAUGGAUGUAGACAUGAAUGUGGUACUGCGCUCGCGCCAGGUACUCGAGGAAUCCCACAUGCAGUACUUUGUCUACCAGAUUCUGCGCGGCCUCAAGUACCUUCACAGCGCGAACGUCGCGCACCGCGACUUGAAGCCCGCCAAUCUCGUUACAAACAUUUCUUGUGAGCUCAAGAUCAUCGACUUUGGUCUGAGUCGGAGCGUCGACGUGCCGUACUCAGAACUUACCGAUUACGUCAUCACGCGUUGGUAUCGCCCGCCGGAGCUGUUGCUGGAGAACACAAACUACUCCACCGCUGUGGACAUCUGGUCUGUUGGGUGCAUCUUUGCGGAGAUGUACAACCGCAAGCCGGUCUUCCCAGGCCGCAACACGAUGGACCAGUUACGCAUGAUCGCACAGCACAUUGGCAAGCCUCCAGCCAGCAUCGUCGAGCACCGCGAGGCACUAGAAAAGCUGAGUGAGCUGCCGGACGGGUCGCUUAGCAUUCCAAAACUUGUUCCCGGUCUGGCCGGUAGCGCGGAAGGCAUGGACUUUCUCGCCAAGAUGUGGACACUAGACCCGAACAAGCGCCCGACCGCGGCGGACAUGCUCGCCCACCCGUACCUGGCCCACCUGCAUGACGAAGAAGAUGAGCCCGUUUGCCCCGCCCCAUUCCUCUGGUCACACGAGAGCACUCCGAUGGGCGUCCCAGAGCUUCGUCGAGCCUUCUGGGACGACAUUGUUGACUACAACCCGUCUCUUCCGCCGGCCAUGCCGCCGGUGACGGCGGUUGGUGGCGGCAACUCAAAGAACGGCAGCGCCCACCAUCACUAA